AUGUCACAAUCGGUAUUGAAGUUCGUCAGUGAGAUCGAUCUAUCGGAUCUACAACUCGAAAAAUAUGAUGCACUACCCUACGAGUCAGAGGAAUUGGCUAGCGUCGAGAACUUAUGCCUGGAGCGAUUAAAACUCAACAAAAUACCUCAGACG